UAAGGAGUAAUGAAAAACAACAAACGAAUAUCAAACAUGUCAGCGCCCAUGCACGAACAGCAGUGAUGUGCACGUCCGUGCAUGAAAAUUGUCUAGAUUAUUACUCUCUGCAUUAAGAACAUUGAGAAGAAAAAUGGCUAGUCGAUUAUUGUGGAGAUCAGUUGCCUUAAAGUGUUGUCAGUGUGGUCGCCCCUUUCAAAGUAGGCAUUGGACAGCAAGAGAUGCUCCUUUUUUUCUGCUGCGAAACAUGAAUUCUGUACAGAGAACUUCUAUCAGCUUGAAUGCUACCAAGAGUUCUCCUGGCGUGGACAUGAGUCGAAUCAGAAACAUUGGGAUCAUGGCCCACAUUGAUGCUGGAAAGACCACUACCACAGAAAGGAUGCUGUAUUACUCAGGAACAACCAAGCACUUAGGAGAUGUGGAUGAUGGCGACACUGUGACAGACUACAUGCCUCAAGAGCGAGACCGCGGAAUCACCAUCACCUCGGCCUCGGUCACCUUCUUCUGGAAGGACCAUCGGAUCAACCUCAUCGACACCCCAGGUCAUGUGGAUUUCACUGUUGAAGUUGAAAGGUCACUGCGGGUCCUGGAUGGUGCCAUCGCUGUGUUCGAUGCCUCGCAGGGAGUUGAGGCACAAACCCUGACUGUAUGGAGGCAAGCGAACCGAUAUGGCAUCCCAAGGCUGGCUUUCUUGAACAAGAUGGAUAAAGUCAAUGCAGACUUUGGCUUCUGUCUGGCGUCAAUCCAAGACAAACUGCAUGCAUUGCCAGUGCCGUUACAGAUGCCCAUAGGUCACCACCGCAGCUUUUCUGGCGUUAUAGACAUCAUUGCCAUGGAAACCGUUACUUGGCAACCAAAAGCAACCGUGGAUGCAGGACAGACGUAUACAAGAGAAGCAAUCACCGAGCAAAACGAUGCGAAGUUAUGGUUGAGGGCAUCAGAUGCAAGAAUUGGAUUGAUAGAACAGCUCAUGGACUUGGAUGAGGACUUUGCUGAAGCUAUUUUGAAUCAAGAUGAAAUUGACUUCAAUAAAGUUUCGUCAGAAAUGAUAAUGAGUGCUGUGAGGAGGCUGACCCUAGAUCAGAAGAUUGUCCCGGUGCUGUGUGGGAGCUCACUCAAGAACAAAGGGGUCCAACUACUGAUGGAUGCAGUCAACGACUACCUACCUGCACCUCAUGAGAGACAGCAGGAAAUUGUGCACCUUUACGGCAAGGACUUGUGCGCCUACGCCUUCAAGAUAGUCCAUGACAAGCAGAGAGGGGCGCUGGUGUUUCUACGGGUGUACUCCGGGUCACUCAAGCCCCAAUCUGCCAUCUAUAAUGCCAACAGGAACUGCACUGAGCGUAUAAGCCGUUUGCUGUGGGUUCUUGCAGACAAUCACAGGGAGGUGCAGAGCAUAUCUGCUGGUAACAUCGCUGUAGCUGUCGGCAUGAAACAGACAGUCACAGGAGAUACUUUGGUGUCCUCCAAAUCCGCUCUGAAUGCCGCUACGAGAGUCUUGAAGAGACAGGGUAAAUCCAGCAAUGAUCCUAGUGACGUGGACAGAGUCCCUGUACUUGGAAGUCUUGACGUACCGGAACCGGUCUUCUUCUGUACGAUAGAGCCGGCCUCACAAGCCUACCAAGCAGACUUAGAGAAGGCCCUGCAGUGUCUACAGCGAGAAGAUCCGAGCCUGAGAGUCAGAACAGACGUCGAUACAGGACAGACGAUUUUGUCAGGCAUGGGUGAGCUGCAUUUGGAGAUCAUCUUGGAUCGGAUUCAGAAGGAGUACAAGAUUGACGCGGAAGUGGGACCGCUGCAAAUCUCUUACAGAGAGAGGAUAACACAAGAGGCAACACAGCAAACAACUCUAGACCGCACUAUUGGUACCCAGCAUCACCUAGCAACCAUUAGAUUGUUGGUGCAGCCCAAACAUGACUCCAGUGAACCGGUGACCUUUGGCCUGUCAAGUGACCUGAGUGCAGAGCAUUGUGGGAUUGAGGUGGUGGAGGCCGUCCGUAAUGGAGUGAUGUCAGCCUGCCAACAAGGUCCAGUCAUCGGGUUCCCAGUCAUAGACAUGCAUAUCAGGCUUGAGAGUGUAGAGACGAGUCCAGGUACUGCCCCUGCUAUGGUCUCAGCAUGUGCAUCCCAGUGUUUACACAGCGCCCUCCGUGUCACGGCGUGUCAGAUUCUGGAACCGAUGAUGAAUUUAGAGAUUGUAACCAGUGAGGGCAGGCUGGGCGAUGUGCUGGGUGACCUCAACUCCAGGAGGGGUCAGGUCGUUGCCAUAGAGACCAGAGAUGACAGCCGGGUGUUGGUUGCAAGGACACCGCUCUCUGAAAUGAUGGGAUAUUCCACCUCACUCAGGAGUCUCACGUCUGGCACAGCAACUUUCUCUCUGGAAUUCUCCAACUAUGAGCCAGUGGACAGAACUGAGCAGGAUAAAAUCAUCAAGAGGUUGACAGGCUUUUGAAGGGCAUCUGUGUGUGAGCGUUGCCCGCCAGACGAAAGGAAGAAAGUCAGGACGGAGUGGGACUCUGAAUGAGGAGACAUUGUGUGCGACACACUGAGAGAGGCCAUGCAGUAAGGUGCAACUUUGACAUCUUGUGAUGUCAAAUAAUAAUAAUUAUAAUUUGGGAGGCUAAUUAUCCUUACUGCCAGCUGAGAAGCUGAGAGCCGCUGGCAUGUAAAGGCACCUAUGGCUGCCGGCCACAUCAACCCACAUACUACCAUGGAGCACAGCCUGAGAUCGAAAGUGAAACCGGAGGGAAGGGAGAACAACCCUUGUGGCACAGGAGAGAACCAACGCACAACUGUACUCACAUGUGGUCCGGCUGGGAUUCGAACCAGUGCCACAUUGGUGAGAGGCAAGCACUUUGCGCACAAGCCACCCAUGCCACACAAAUUGGAUUGGAGUCUUUGAAAUCUCGAAUCACUUUCUACAAUUCUACUUGCGGAUGUAUAUGGGAAAACAUGUGGAUUUUCAGCACCCCUUCAUGGUAAAUGAUGUGAUAAAAUAAAAAAAUGAACCCAGUGGGGGUGUCAAUUUGGGUCAGGUUAAGCCUCGGUCACUGGACCAGAUUGCAUCACUGCAUACACCCAAAGCGAAGAAUCUGUGUGAAUUAUAGACCAAUCCAGGCAAAUGCAGUGUUCACUUUACACUCACGAGGCCCCCUUCAAUGGCGACAGCAUUGUGCACACUUUUGUGCAAAGCAACUGCCCCAUUACGGAUUAUCAGAACAAUAGCUAGCACGAUGCUUUUGUCAUUGGAGGGGGCCUCUAUGAUAGAAGUGUGUUUUAGGAUUGGUCGAUAGCACAUAAGUCUUUGGUAAUAGUAAGAGCAUUUCACAUGUAAGCAAGGGAUUUGGGCUUGUAUGCAGGUAUGUAGCUCGUAACUUAAGACUCCGUGCUUACAAGGUUAGUGCAUAAUCCGGACACAGCCUUAAGUUCAGACAGUUAAAAACAAUACAUUUUUGCCUGGGAGUAUUGGUAUGCGAAUCACCGUAAAAGUUACCAAACUAUAUACAAAAAAUAGUGGGCAAUUUGUGAUUCAAAUUAAUAAACCAGAAAAUCC